GCGGCCCGGGCCGGGGGGAUGUCUCGGCGGACACGCGGUGAGGAGCUGGAUGAGCUGCACUACCAGGACACAGAUUCAGAUGUGCCGGAGCAGCGAGACAGCAAGUGCAAGGUCAAAUGGACCCACGAGGAGGAUGAGCAGCUGAGGGCCCUGGUGAGGCAGUUUGGACAGCAAGACUGGAAGUUCCUGGCCAGCCACUUUCCCAACCGCACUGACCAGCAGUGCCAGUACCGGUGGCUGAGGGUCUUGAAUCCAGACCUCGUCAAGGGGCCAUGGACCAAAGAGGAGGACCAGAAGGUCAUCGAGCUGGUCAAGAAGUACGGCACGAAGCAGUGGACGCUGAUCGCCAAGCACCUGAAGGGCCGGCUGGGGAAGCAGUGCCGCGAGCGCUGGCACAAUCACCUCAACCCCGAAGUGAAGAAGUCCUGCUGGACGGAGGAAGAGGACCGCAUCAUCUGCGAGGCCCACAAGGUGCUGGGCAACCGCUGGGCCGAGAUCGCCAAGAUGCUGCCGGGGAGGACAGACAAUGCUGUGAAGAAUCACUGGAACUCCACUAUCAAGAGGAAGGUGGACACGGGAGGCUUCCUGAGUGAGUCCAGAGACAGCAAGCCCCCCAUGUACUUGCUGCUGGAGCUGGAGGACAAGGAUGGCUGCCAGAGUGCCCCGGCCUCAGAAGGCCAGGUGAGUGGGGCGGUGAUGUCAGGCAGCUCGGCCACUGG